CCAACCGUAGGCUUCCCCGCACCCAGCAGAUAUUCGGCUCCUUCUGCUUCUAUACUACCUCCAUUUUCUCCCUCUUUUCCGAUUAACACCGCUCGUCGACUGCUGCAUCGCCAGUUCACCGCAGCUCCUGUGGCCUUACAAGAUUUCAUGCUAUCAUGCAGGCACCUAUAAAGGGAAUUCUUUCUCUACAAAGGACGGCUUUGGUUCGUCGCUCCAGAGAGAAUUGGGGCCUAUCAAGUAGAUUAUUCAGCAGCCAAGCUGCAACUUCUCCUAGCACCCCACAGGCUCCUCCACCUCCACCACCUCCAGAGAAAACCCACUUUGGUGGGCUGAAAGAUGAGGAUCGAAUUUUCACAAACCUAUAUGGGUUGCAUGAUCCCUUUCUGAAAGGCGCAAUGAAACGUGGAGACUGGUACAGGACAAAAGACCUGGUGCUCAAGGGAGCUGAUUGGAUUGUCAAUGAGAUAAAGAAAUCUGGUCUUCGAGGACGUGGUGGCGCUGGUUUUCCAUCUGGGCUUAAAUGGUCCUUUAUGCCAAAGGCAUCUGAUGGCCGUCCUUCAUACCUUGUCGUUAAUGCUGAUGAAAGUGAACCUGGAACAUGUAAAGAUAGAGAAAUUAUGCGCCAUGAUCCACAUAAGUUAUUGGAAGGUUGUCUAAUUGCUGGAGUAGGAAUGAGGGCAAGGGCUGCAUAUAUUUACAUCCGGGGUGAGUACGUGAAUGAAAGAAAGAACCUAGAGAAGGCCAGGAGAGAAGCUUAUGAAGCUGGACUGUUGGGAAAAAAUGCAUGUGGAUCUGGUUAUGACUUUGAUGUUUACAUCCACUUUGGUGCUGGAGCUUAUAUUUGUGGUGAAGAGACAGCUCUUCUGGAAAGCCUUGAGGGCAAGCAAGGGAAACCUAGGUUGAAGCCUCCUUUUCCAGCCAAUGCAGGAUUGUACGGUUGCCCUACAACUGUUACGAAUGUCGAAACAGUGGCUGUUUCCCCCACCAUACUAAGGCGUGGACCGGAAUGGUUUGCUGGUUUUGGAAGGAAAAACAAUUCUGGAACCAAACUGUUUUGCGUCUCUGGCCACGUAAACAAGCCUUGCACUGUUGAAGAGGAGAUGAGUAUACCACUGAAAGAGCUUAUUGAAAGACACUGUGGUGGUGUUCGUGGUGGAUGGGAUAAUUUACUUGCAGUUAUACCUGGUGGUUCAUCUGUUCCAUUGUUACCUAAACACAUAUGUGAGGAUGUGCUAAUGGAUUUUGACGCACUUAAGGCUGUGCAGUCAGGGUUAGGAACUGCUGCUGUCAUUGUGAUGGAUAAGUCAACUGAUGUUGUGGAUGCUAUUGCCAGACUCUCUUACUUCUACAAGCAUGAGAGCUGUGGCCAGUGUACACCUUGCAGAGAAGGUACAGGAUGGCUCUGGAUGAUCAUGGAGAGGAUGAAGGUGGGAAAUGCAAAGUUGGAGGAGAUUGACAUGCUUCAGGAGGUGACCAAGCAGAUCGAAGGACACACAAUCUGUGCCUUGGGUGAUGCUGCUGCUUGGCCAGUUCAGGGGCUUAUCAGGCACUUUAGACCAGAGCUUGAAAGGAGGAUCAGGGAGCGGGCAGAUCAAGAGUUACAACAGGCUGCUGCUGCUUGAUUUUCUUUUUCAGGCAUGGCUAAGUUUAAACCUUUUUCCAGUCCCCUUCUAAUUGUUUUGGAGGAUCAUUAUCUCAGCUACCUUUUCCAGUUCUUUUCUAAUUGUUCUGGAGGAUCAUUAUCUCGACUCUAGUGGCAAUUUGAUUCUUUCUUUAAUGCAUAUCCAAAAUCUCUGGAUUUUGAAUGUGUCAUGCUUAGAUCUGCAAGAUUGGUUGAUUUGCUUGUUUGGCGAUAAUUCUUUUGCUAAUUAGAUAAAUUGGGAGUAGAAAGAA